AUGGAAACAACCAAUGAUAGUGCAGGUGGAUAUUUCAUCUUAGUGGGCUUCUCUGAACGACCCGAGUUGGAAGUGAUCCUCUCCUUCUUUGUUUUGACAUUCUACAGUGUAACCCUUGUGGGUAACAUUACCAUCAUCUUGCUGUCGAUCCUGGAUGUUAGACUCCACACACCCAUGUACUUCUUCCUCAGAAAUCUCUCUGUGCUUGACCUCUGCUUCACCACCAGCAUUGUGCCCCAGAUGCUGGUGAACAUGUGGGGAGGCAGCAAGAAGAUCAGCUAUGCUGGUUGCAUGGUCCAGUACUGGGUGGCAUUGGCACUUGGCUCCACUGAGUGUGUCCUCCUUGCAGUGAUGGCAGUUGACCGCUAUGUUGCAGUCUGCUGGCCUCUGCGCUAUGCCUCCAUCAUGCACCCUACACUAUGUUACUUCCUGGCAGCAGCUUCUUGGUCCUCUGGCUUUGCCAAUUCAUUUCUGCAGUCCUCAAUGGCCAUGGUACUGCCUCGAUGUGGAAAUCAGCGUGUGGAUCAUUUCUUUUGUGAACUGCUGAUUAUUGUGAAGCUGUCCUGUGUGGACACUGGCCCAAUGGAGUCCAAAAUGUUUAUUGCUAGGCUAAUCAUCCUGGGCAUGCCUGUUUCCAUCAUCCUGACUUCUUAUGUGUGCAUUGCCAAAGCAGUGGUGAAAAUGCGUUCUGCAGAGGGCAGGAAAAAAGCAUUUUGGACCUGUGCUUCCCACCUGAUUGUGGUCUCACUUUUUUAUGGGACCAUUAUGUUUUUGUAUCUGCAACCAAAGGACAACUAUUCACAGGACCAGAGCAAGGCACUGGCAGUACUCUACAUGAUCUUGGCACCCACUCUCAACCCCUUGAUCUACACACUGAGAAACAAAGAUGUGAAGAAAGCAAUCAGGAAGGUGAUAGACAGAUCAACAGGA